AUGGGCCUCAGUGAGGACCAGGUGCGGAGGUUCCUGGAUGAGAACCCCGGCUUUGCGCACCAGUACUUCGAGAAGCAGCUGAGCCCUGAGAAUGUGUCCAGCGCCUGCGAAGACGGGCCCCUGGUGGACUGCGGCAGCCUCCGCGAGCUGUGCCAGGUGGAGGAGAGCGCGGCACUUUUCGAGGUGGUGCAGGACAUGCAGGAGAGUAUCAACAUGGAGCGGGUGGUCUUCAAGAUCCUGCGGCGCCUCUGCACCAUCCUGCAGGCCGACCGCUGCAGCCUCUUCAUGUACCGCCAGCGCAACGGCGUGGCCGAGCUGGCCACACGGCUCUUCGGCGUGCAGCCGGGCAGCGUGCUGGAGGACUGCCUGGUGCCCCCCGACUCUGAGAUUGUCUUCCCACUGGACAUCGGGGUCGUGGGCCACGUGGCUCAGACCAAGAAGAUGGUGAACGUCAAGGACGUGCGGGAGUGUCCCCACUUCAGCCCGUUCGCUGAUGAGCUCACUGACUAUGAGACAAGGAACAUCCUGGCCACGCCCAUCAUGAAUGGCAAGGACGUUGUGGCUGUGAUCAUGGCGGUGAACAAGCUGGACGGCCCGUGCUUCACAAGCGAGGACGAGGACGUUUUCUUGAAGUAUCUGAAUUUUGCCACGUUAAACCUGAAGAUCUACCACCUGAGCUACCUCCACAACUGUGAGACGCGCCGAGGCCAGGUGCUGCUGUGGUCGGCCAACAAGGUGUUUGAGGAGUUGACAGACAUUGAGAGACAGUUCCACAAGGCCUUCUACACCGUGCGGGCCUACCUGAACUGUGAUCGCUACUCAGUGGGCCUCCUGGACAUGACCAAGGAGAAGGAAUUCUUUGAUGUGUGGCCUGUGCUCAUGGGAGAAGCUCAGCCGUACUCAGGCCCACGCACACCCGACGGCAGGGAAAUCGUCUUCUACAAAGUCAUCGACUACAUUCUCCACGGCAAGGAGGACAUCAAAGUCAUUCCCACACCCCCAGCCGAUCACUGGGCCCUGGCCAGUGGCCUUCCAACCUACGUGGCAGAAAGUGGCUUUAUCUGUAACAUCAUGAACGCCUCUGCUGAUGAAAUGUUCGAGUUUCAGGACGGGCCCCUGGACGACUCUGGGUGGACCAUCAAGAAUGUGCUCUCUAUGCCCAUUGUCAACAAAAAGGAGGAGAUUGUGGGGGUGGCGACGUUUUACAACAGGAAGGACGGGAAGCCCUUUGAUGAACAGGAUGAGGUCCUCAUGGAGUCCCUGACGCAGUUCCUGGGCUGGUCAGUAAUGAACACAGACACCUAUGACAAGAUGAACAAGCUGGAGAACCGCAAGGACAUUGCCCAGGACAUGGUCCUUUACCACGUGAGAUGUGACAAGGACGAGAUCCAGACGAUCCUGCCAACAAGAGAACGCCUGGGGAAGGAGCCGGCUGACUGUGAUGAGGAUGAGCUGGGGAAAAUCUUGAAGGAAGAGCUGCCGGGGCCCCGCAAGUUCGACAUCUACGAGUUCCACUUCUCUGACCUGGAGUGCACCGAGAUAGAGCUGGUCAAGUGCGGCAUCCAGAUGUACUAUGAGCUGGGCGUCGUCCGCAAGUUCCAGAUCCCCCAGGAGGUGCUGGUGCGGUUCCUGUUCUCCAUCAGCAAAGGGUACCGGAGGAUCACCUACCACAACUGGCGCCACGGCUUCAACGUGGCCCAGACGAUGUUCACGCUGCUCAUGACGGGGAAGCUGAAAAACUACUACACAGACCUGGAGGCCUUCGCCAUGGUGACAGCUGGCCUGUGCCACGACAUAGACCACCGUGGCACCAACAACCUGUACCAGAUGAAGUCCCAGAAUCCGUUAGCCAAGCUCCACGGCUCCUCCAUUUUGGAAAGGCACCACCUGGAGUUUGGGAAGUUCCUGCUGUCGGAGGAGUCGCUGAACAUCUACCAGAACCUGAACCGGCGGCAGCACGAGCACGUGAUCCACCUCAUGGACAUCGCCAUCAUCGCCACUGACCUGGCUCUCUACUUCAAGAAGAGGACGAUGUUCCAGAAGAUCGUGGACGAAUCCAAGAACUACGAGGACAAGAAGAGCUGGGUGGAGUACCUGUCCCUGGACACCACCCGGAAGGAGAUAGUCAUGGCCAUGAUGAUGACCGCGUGUGACCUAUCUGCCAUCACCAAGCCCUGGGAAGUGCAGAGCAAGGUUGCGCUUCUGGUGGCUGCCGAGUUCUGGGAACAAGGUGACUUGGAAAGGACAGUCUUGGACCAACAGCCCAUUCCCAUGAUGGACCGGAACAAGGCAGCCGAGCUCCCCAAGCUGCAGGUCGGCUUCAUCGACUUUGUCUGCACGUUCGUGUACAAGGAGUUUUCCCGCUUCCACGAUGAGAUCCUGCCCAUGUUUGACCGCCUGCAGAACAACAGGAAGGAGUGGAAGGCCCUGGCUGACGAGUAUGAGGCCAGAGUGAAGGCCCUGGAGGAGAAGCAGCAGGAGGACCGGGCAGUGGCCAAGAAAGUGGGCACAGAAAUCUGCAAUGGUGGCCCAGCACCCAAGUCUUCGACCUGCUGCAUCCUGUGA